AAAAAAAUAAAAUUAGUCAAGGCUCGAGUAAUCUUCAUCGCAAAAGGGUGAAAGAAAUCCUCGUUUUUUCUUUUCUGUGAAAUAACAACCUGCGAUCCACAGUUAACAUUGUUCAGUUCUUCACCUGCAUUUGUAUUACCGUUCUGAUUUGACGCAGUUGUGAUGAGCUUGCAUCGGUGAUUCCAAUGUCUAAGUGGAAAGAGCAUAACGAUCGAAAAUCAGAAUCGGUUUAUCGACCUGUUUGGUUGAGUUGGCAGAGGACUUAAAUUUAGGAUAUUUGCAAUUGAUUUUUAAAGAGAAUCGCAAUGCAGAUCCAAACACGACCUAAGUAUGAAUACGAUGAAAACCUACCGAAUAGGCAAAUGAUGAUGGUGUCAUCUUUUGCAUCAACAUCUCCUCCAACACCAGUUUACAUUCAACAUCCUAUUUCCAAAUUUGAUACUCUAGCUGGCAUUGCAAUCAAGUAUGGUGUUGAGGUGGCAGACAUAAGGAAGGUGAAUGGACUUGUGACUGAUAUGCACAUGUUUGCUCUCAAGACCCUUCACAUUCCACUUAAUGGAAAGCACCCUCAGCCAAGUUCUCCAGGACAAGAUGAGACAGAGAACAACAGUCCAGCUGAUAGUACAAGCUGUGAACUGUUUGAAUCAUUCCAGCCGCUGAGAAGGAAGUCCUCGGAGCCGAAGCUCUCCCCAGUGAUGCGCUCUUUGCAGGGUCAUUACGGAGCUAAACCUAAAAUGAAGAAAUGUGCAUCUGAAAUCUUUAGCAUGGUAGAGUACGAAAAAAGGUCUCUUAAGUAUUCAGAAAAUGGUUCGUCCAACCCAAACUCACCUUUGUCCCGCAAAACUCUCAGUCACUACCGAAAUGCUUUUAGUCUGGCCACUGGUAGUGAGGUGAGGUCUGAUGUUAUGGAAGGUAUAGCAGACAGGAAAAGUAACCUUGAUAAAAGGAAGGCUACACUUAUCAGGAGGAAUCAUAAAUCUGAAGUUAACCUUCAGCAUAUUCCAGAGUUGCUCUUGAAGCAGGAUAGUAGUAGCAAUGGUGGGUUUUCUACAAGAUCAGCAAAUGGUCUAGGCCUAGCUCAGAGGCAGAAAUCUUCUAGCCGAUUAGCCUUCACACCUUAUUCCAAACAAGUGGUUUAAGCAGAGUGCUAAUUUAGUAUAA